CGUACAAACUUCCCGAGCUGCCGAGUCGCAUCCCACUUCCAUCCCAUUUGAACCUUGUAUUGUGGCACAGAGCUGUGGCAGCGGCGCGGCGAAGAAGACAAAGGAACCCGAGAAAAAGGUACAAUACGAACGGACUAUCAAGUUUAUCCGCUAUUUAUUUUAGAUGGAUCCACAUCAAUGAUCUUAUCAGGAUGGAUCCACUGCUGUAAACCCCGCCACGAGCCAGUUUCAAUUUCGGAGUCCAGGGCUGCAGGGUAGAUAUCUGCCCCACGCCUCGUCAUUCAACAUCAUUUCGAAGAAUUUAAUAGUCCCUGCAAUUAAGACAUGUUCACUAAGUCCCUACCUAGUCUAAGGUAGACACUACGAGGCUACAAUAUACGAUUGCCACCCGUUUUCCCUUCCCUUAUUCCACUAUUGCUAUUCUGAAAACAACUCUCAUAAAAACAUGGUUCGCCACAAGAAAGACAAAUUCUCAUCUCGAGGUGGAAAAGGUCAUGGAAACGCCCGGCCUCGACCGCGCACUACCGAAGACGAUUCAGAACAGGGGUCAGCUCCCUUUAAACCUGCCUUUAAAGCUGCUUGUUGGGAUUUGAAUCAUUGCGAUCCGAAACGAUGCUCAGGGAAGAAGUUAAUACGACUCGGCCUCAUGCGAGACCUUCACCUAGGCCAAAGACACAAUGGUGUUAUUAUCACACCUAACGGGAAGCACAAGCUUUCUCCCGCCGAUAAGGAGCUCAUGGAUCAGUACGGCGCCGCUGUCGUUGAGUGCUCCUGGGCGCGAACGCAGGAAGUUCAAUGGAACAAAGUUGGCGGCAAAUGCGAGCGACUACUGCCGUACUUAGUCGCUGCAAAUACAGUCAAUUACGGAAAGCCUCUGCGGUUGAACUGUGUAGAGGCUUUGGCUGCUUCGUUCUACAUAUGCGGACAUGCCGAUUGGGCGGAGGAGGUUCUACGACCAUUUAACUAUGGGGAGUCUUUUCUGGCUAUCAACUCGAAGUUGUUGAAGAAAUAUGCGGCUUGCGCAGACGAGGACGAGAUCGUAAAGACCGAGAAGGAAUGGAUGGAACGAUUAGAGAGGGAGCACGCCGAAAGCAGAGAAAACGCAGAUGACGACGAUUUAUGGAAAGGUGGCAAUGUUAAUCGGCGAAUUGUCGUUGACUCGGAUGAUGAAGAGGAAGAGGAAGACGACGAUGAAGAGGAAGAAGGUGAAGACGGAGAUAACGAUAGCGUCGACGGAAUCUAUCUGGGUAAGAAGCCGACUCAAUGGCCAAAACUAGGGGAAAGCAAAAAAGACUCGCAAGAGGAAGAGGCUAGCAGAGACCCAUUUGAUAUUUCAGACGACACUGAUGACGAUGCCGAAAUGGAGGAGAUUCGACGCAAGGUCCUCGCGUCAAAGCCGUUCGCCAAUGCAGAUGAGAUAGGCCGGAAGCCGAAGCCACAGGCAAUACCGCCCCCACUCCAACCGCAAAGAUAUAAAAUCGACUCCGACGCAGAACCAGACUCGGAUAACGGAUCAGACGACGAGGGAGAUGACGCUUUCGAUAAUAUUAUCGACGCCACGCCCGUCACGGAUAGGACAGGACUAGCGAAGCUUGAGAAGGAGAGAUCGAGAGCGAAUAUUAUGAGUCGGACAUUUUCGUCAGGUACUGCGGAGGCACCGAAGAGAUGGUGAUCAGAUAACUAUUCUAUGAAGUGUAUCUGGUUAUCCCGUUACUCAUAUUAUGUUCUUCAGCCUUAAAUGGUGCUAUGGGGACAUUUUUGUUUAGGUGCGUUUCCGAUAUCUGCGUGGGUCGUAAGACUCUGGUACGAGAAUAAACCUAUCGUAGAUAAUACCGUAGCUUUGCGAAUAGUGUGCUCCCCGAAAGGUAAGUAAUUAAAUGUGGUUGAGGUAAACUUUCCCAUGAUAUAGCUUCUAGUCUACAUGUAUGCCGCACGUAUAGGUUCUCAACAGUGCUUGAGCAACAGGUACAUCAUGUAUCCUUUCUUUGCCAUGAAGUAGGAAUCUAUAUUACGCCCGAUAUGUUCAAUAUUAGACGUUAGUAUAUACAAGCCACAAAACAGAUUCCAGUUCUACCUCCAUCCCCCAGCCCUAAUCAAGGGCUUGAAGAGUCUCUAGUAUCAUCAUCAUCAUCAUCAUCGCCCUAUAUACAAGCAAGCAUCCUAUACCCACCUACCACACAACACCUCAAGCCCAAGCCCUCCCGAGUGUAAAUCACCGCCCC